GGUAUGCGCCUUCUAAGUUACAGCUGCCACCCGCCAGAAAACUAAAAGAAGAGGAACAUGUUUGGCCACUGAGAUGGACAUAACGCCACAGUGUGCUCUUCAAGUCUACGUUAAUCUUUCAUUUCCUCGUGUGUGCUGCUUCGUCCGUCGUGUGACAAACUACUCUUUAUUAAUUACUCGUGUCAAGAGAAACUCGACUCGUCUCCGUCAACUUUGAAACUUCUCGGGCUAUCUUAGCUUAGCUUGCUAGCUGCUAACAAAGAGAGGCGGAAGUUGCGAACACAUUGCUCGGCAGAGAUCACGUAAAGUGUUGCAUUUGUGUGGAAAUGUGCGAAAGAUCGAUAGCAAAGUACGAGGAAUGACUUUCUCGAACAAAAGAGGGGAACGAGCGACGACGUCAACGACUGGACGCAGUUUUCAAGAAGCCUCAGGUUGUGUACACAGAACAGGGGAACAGAUGUUGGAUCUUCCGCCGGAGCUCUGGGUGUCGGUGUUCAGUUACCUGAGCACGAAGGAAAAGCACGCCGUCCGCUGCUGCUGCACGGCCCUCAGGAAGCUCAUCGACCACCCUUACCUGUGGAGGAGGCACAUUGUGAUGCUGAAGGAUCUCAGCCGCUACACCCCUGGCUUCUGGGACACCCUGCGCCACCGCAAGGUGACCCGGGUGGUUGUGUGGAAAUUUAAGCAUAAGGAUUGGUGGAUGCUCGCCAAGUUCCUCCCAACGCUCACCGCCAUCGUGUUCAAGUACGUAGGAUUGCACAAGAGGAUGAAACUGGACCUGGACUACCUCAUGCUGUUCUCAGACCUCAAGGACGUGGGCGUACGGAACACCGCCUUGUCGAAGCCCAUGCUGGGCCCCAGCCUGAUCGCCCGGCUGACAGGUCGUCUGACACACCUGAGCAUAUGCAGCGUCAGCCUGACGUGCAUCAUCGCCUUCUUUAAAGCCGUGUCGCACCUGAGCAACCUGCAGUACCUGCUCUUCCACCACCUGGAAGAGGUGAGUCCUGUGCCCCGCCGAGACUUGACCCACAUGAUGGUGCAGCUGAAGAAGCUCAAACACCUCUCAUGGGGAAUGAGGGGGCGGCUGCAGGAACCUGUGCCCGACGACUGCCUGAGCCUCCCGGACCCUCGGCGUCCAGGAUCCCAGUACGACGGCCCAGCUCUGACCACCUUGGAGCUGGAGGUCUACCACAAUACCAUCCUGCCCGAGGUGGCCUUGUGGAGCCUGACCUCGCUCAGAUCGCUGACGGUGCGCUACAGGUCCUUUCCAGAUGGCGUGAAUUUUCGCCUGAACUCCUGGCUGAGUCCCAUCAAGCACCUGGAGUCUUUCAGCAUCUACGGCAUCAACUUCCUGGCCAAGUACUGGACCAACAUCCCCGCCAGCGUGACCAGCCUGACGCUGCGUGUGAACGUCAUUCUCAAGGAUUUGGACUCCAUCGCUGCCAAAGUCGAGUCUCUGGAGCACCUGGACAUCAACAAUAAAAACGGGAGCCAGGAGGGCAGCCUGUGUUGUUGCAUCGCCAAGUUGUUCCCUCAACUCAAGACGCUGCGCAUAAGGUUCCCCAUGCAGGGGUUGGACCUGCUAAGCCUCCACAAACUGCGGCACCUGGAGCGACUGGAGCUGAUGAUGGAUUGCUCCAGAGUCCGGAAGAAAUGCCUGAAGCGGAACCACUGCUCCAUCCUCUCCAUGCAGGACGUCGCCAACCAUCUGCGGGUGAUGUCGGCCGACAGGAUCACCGUGGUCAUCAUCCCUUCACCUCAGAAAAACCCUCUGAGUGAUUGCUGCUGUGUGAGGGAGGGAGACUGAUGACCCAAAUGCACAUUGCCCAGUGCUUUGACAUUAACAAAAUUGUAUAUGUGAAUGUGUGUAUGGGUGUGUUCUCCCCAAUGUUGAACUCGUUCCUAACACCCCUGUUGUUCAGCACGAAGACAUAUAAACAACGUACAAAGUUUGGAACACAUACAGGAGCAAAACCUUAUUGUUGUUCAGUUUGCGGUAAAAAAGUCUCCCUCAAAAAAGAAGUACCGUAUCCAAUCACACGUGAAAACACACACCAGAGAAAAACCUUUCGAUUGCUCAAACAGUGGCAAUGGGUUUUCUCGAAAGGAAACAAUGCGGUCACAUAUGAGCACACAUACAGGAGAAAAGCUUUCCAGUUGUUCAGUUUGCGGUAAAAUAUUCAUACAGGGAUGUAAUAUGGAAAGAUACAUGAGAACACACACAGGAGCAAAACCUUAUUGUUGUUCAGUUUGCGGUAAAAGUCUCUCUCAAAAAAGUAGUAUCCAAUCACACAUGAAAACACACACCGGAGAAAAACCUUUCAUUUGCUCAAACAGUGGCAAUGGGUUUUCUCGAAAGGAAACAAUGCGGUCACAUAUGAGCACACACACAAGAGAAAAGCUUUCCAGUCGUUCAGUUUGCGGUAAAAUAUUCUUACAGGGAUGUAAUAUGGAAAGAUACAUGAGAACACACACAGGAGAAAAACCUUUCUAUUGCCCAAACUGCGGCAAAAGAUGUUCUCAAAGGGCAACGACGCUGACACAUUUGAGAACACACACAGGAAAAAAACAACUUCAGGUGUUCAGUUUGUGGUAAAAUAUUCUCCAAAAAAGGGAUAAUGUAAUCACACAUGAAAACAUUCAGGAGAAAAAACGCUCAGUAGUUCAGUGUAUAAUAAAAGAUACACUGACAAAGACACGAGAAAAACAGACUGGAGAUUAACUUUUCCUUUUUGGAAUUCUUCUCCUGACUCCUGCUGAGUCACUAAUGGUUUACUGCAGGGCUUCUCUAAAGGGAGGAAAGCUACCCGCCCGUCUACUGGGUUCAACUCCAAACGUGCAAGCUUUGAGCCGGGGGGGCAACAAGAAUUGACACCCUAGCCCGUCGUGGAAGUGUCAGUCAGAGUGGAAAAGAGUCCAGCCCCUUUCGAGAGAACUGGUUCCAGAGCCCUUGCUGUGCGUCGAAGUGAUCCAGUCGGAAUUUCUCCACCUCAGGCUCCUUCCCCCCCCCCAGCGAGGUAACUUUCCACGUCCCAAGAUCUAGCUUAUGUAGCCGAGGAUCAGACCGCCAAGUGCCCAGGUGCUCGCCAUCAUGCCCCACCUCCGGGCCUGGCUAAAGAGGGGGGGGGGCACCGUAAAUAUGAGUCCUUGUUUUUCCAUUUCCAUAAAGGUAUUCGAGCUGCUCUUUGUCUGAUCCCUCACCUAGGACCUGUUUGGAUUGGGAGACCCUACUUGGGGGCAAAGAAGCCCCCGGACAACAUAGCUCCUAGGAUCAUUGGGACACGCAAACUCCUCUACCACGACAAGUUGGCAGCUUAGAACGGAGAUGAAUGGAAUGUGGGACUAUAAAAGGCAUCGGGUGCUGUCGCAUGAGGCGGAAGCGGAAACUGACCACAGACACCACCGGGACCACCUGCUAGCCAGAUCGUUUUGCUGUGGAGCCACUACUUGGAGCAUAUCCUAAUUUUUUUAACCUUUUUUGUGGAUUUAUCAUUGGCCUGUGGAGAACUGGGACGAAAAGAGACAAUUACCAGGAGGACUUGAGUUGGAUGCGUGGUACCGUAAGUAGGCUGUGGCUUCCAAUGUUUUAUCGCUUGCCCGUACGUGCAUGUCACAUAUGUAACUUUGGGGACUUUGGGUAAUAUAUUUUCUGUAUAAACUUUGGGUGUUGAUCUGCACUUCGGACUGUGGGGUUGAGUGUGGUGGCAUUGUAUUGGCGGAUUACAUGGACGGCGGAAGGGGGGAGAUAUUUGUUAUACGGGAUUAAUUUGUGUGGUAUUAAAAAGAAAGCCUGAUUGUGUUGUGGCUAAUGGUCAUAUGGCUUUUGU